GUUAAUCAAUCCUUUUUAUGAAAGUGAAGUUCAUAGCAGAUGUAAUUAUCUUUGCUGAUAUUUACUUCUAUAUUGGUUUAACUGUGAACCGAAACAUUUGUUUACAAUACAAUCACUCCGCCUUAGUUGUUGCAGAGGAGCCUUGAAACAGUAAUUUUUGAUUGUCAUUAAAAAUGCAUGGCAGAGUAAAAGUGAGAACAACUGAAGAACAAGCUGAAAUCAAAAGGCGUGAGCAACAAGAAAAAUUGAAAAUUUACUUAGGAGCCACCAGAAAAAUAUUUGCUAAGAGGGCAGCUGAAGAAUAUGAUGAAGAAGCAUUGGAAUUAACUGGAAGAAUUCUUGAAAAGAAUCCUGACUUUUAUACAUUGUGGAAUUAUCGUAGAGAAAUAUUGAUGUUUUACAAGACUGUUAUGACUGAAGAAGAUCUGAAACAGCUGUGUUUAAAUGAAUUAGAUUUAACUCAGAAUUGCUUAAGAACGAAUCCUAAAUCUUAUGCAACAUGGCAUCAUCGAUUCUGGAUGAUGGAGUUUCAACCAGAAGCAGACUGGAACAGGGAAUUAAGAUUAUGCAGCUAUUUCCUGACACUAGAUGAAAGGAAUUUUCAUUGCUGGGAUUAUAGACGUCUUGUGGGUAAAAAAUGCAAUGUUUCCCCAGAACAAGAAUUAAAUUACAGUACAAGAUUGAUUGAGGCAAAUUUUUCUAAUUAUUCUGCAUGGCACUAUCGAAGCACUUUAUUGCCUGUUGUUCACUAUGAUUCUUCAAAGGGUUCUGUUAAAGAAGAUGUAUUACUUAAAGAGUUUGACCUGAUACAGAAUGCAGCUUUCACUGACCCUGAUGAUCAGAGUGUAUGGUUUUAUCACAGAUGGCUUCUUGGAAGAAGUAAAAUGCCACUGGAAAUUCUGAAUCUUAGCGUCUUUAAGUCACAAAAUACAAUAGCUGUAUUAUUUUCAGAACCUGUAGAGGUAGAUAGCAAAAGUUUACUCUUAAAACUUAAUGGAAAAAACCUUCCUGUGUCUUGGCAAUCAGUUGAUGGUUCACGUGCUUCAACCAUAUGGAAAUGUCUUUUACCAGUAUCAGAAAAGAAAGUUGGAAAUUUUCUUAAUGGAGAUGAAAAGUUUGAAGUAAGUGUAAGAUUUUCUAAUGGAAUAGAAGAAUGCUGUUUGACAAAUACUGUUAAUGGGAAUAAGUCAUCCACUUGGAAUAAAAUUAAUCGAGCAAAUAUAUUCCGGGCUGAUUUUAGUGCUGCUGCCAAGGAUGUUUUGGAAAGAGAAUUAGAAUCUUGUCAGCAACUUAAUGAAAUGGAGCCCAAUAGUAAAUGGACUUUGUUUACUUGUGUCUUGUUGAUGCGUGCUUUGAACAAUUCUAAGUUUCAAAAUGAUAUUGAAGACUUUAUGGAGAAACUUACAAAAGUAGACUCAGCUAGAAAAAAUUAUUACAAAGAUUUAGGCAGUAAAUUUGUAAUUGAAGACACUAUUGAAAGUCUGCCAGUUGAAGCUACUGAAGUGAACUUAUCCAACAAGAAGCUAACCCGACUGUGUCAUUUUGAUCAACUGAUCUUAAUAGAAAAAAUUGAUUUAUCUUCAAAUAACCUGACAUCAGUUUAUCCUCUCAGGUAUUUGAUGUGUGUGAAAAGCAUCAAUCUGGAUGACAAUCAAUUGUCUUCACUAGAAGGAGUAGAAGAAUUGGAGAAUUUGGAAAUUCUGUCAAUUAAAAGAAACUAUUUAAAGAAAGAAAACAAUUUAGAAAGUCUGAAGACUUGCCUAAAACUUAAAGAAUUAUUCCUGGAAGGAAAUCCAAUCAUGGACGACACUGAAUAUCAAGUAACACUCAAAAUGUUACCAGCUCUGAAGUUAAUAGAUGGAUCAGAAUUGUGAUAAAUUUUAUUUAUAAUUCAUCAAUACAAAAACCAAUUGCUGCCAA